CACUCAUAGACACAGUGCCUUCCCUCUCUCUCUGCAGGGGGAAGUGGAGUUUGCUCGCAUCAUGACCAUAGUGGACCCCAAUGCAACUGGGGUUGUGACCUUCCAGGCCUUCAUUGACUUCAUGACCCGAGAGACGGCUGAGACAGACACAGCUGAACAAGUUGUAGCCUCCUUCAAGAUCCUGGCAGGAGACAAGAACUACAUCACCCCAGAGGAGCUGCGGCAAGAACUCCCAGCAGAGCAGGCUGAGUACUGCAUCCGCCGGAUGGCGCCCUACAAAGGAUCCGGGGCUCCGCCUGGAGCCCUAGACUAUGUGGCUUUCUCCAGUGCCCUCUAUGGAGAGAGUGACCUCUGACCUCUGAUUUCAGCCUCUGCAGGUCUUAAUGGGAGAAGAGAGGGUGCUCCCUGUGGCAGAUUCCACCUCUUCCUCAGCAAGGGCCUCAAAAUCAGCCAGUACAUGUUUCUGAAUAAAGAUCAGGCUG